AUCUCCUCCCUCUCUUCCGAAAACUCCUUUCUUUUCAGUCUAGGGAAAACUCUAGAGGCAGCCCGGUUUCCUGCUCUGCGAAGAUGAUCAUACUUUGCUUAACAAUAUUUGCGAACGUUUUCAAGACGGGAUGGACUGGCUCAAACGAGCGCACGUUCAUCGCAGUGAAGCCUGAUGGUGUUCAGCGCAGACUGGUGGGUGAGAUCAUCCGGCGCUUUGAACGAAAGGGUUUCAAACUGGUCGGCAUGAAGCUACUGCAGGCAUCAGAGGAGCAGCUCAAACAGCACUACCGGGACCUGAGGGAGAAGCCUUUCUACAGCAACUUGGUCAAAUACAUGAGCUCAGGACCCAUUGUUGCUAUGGCAUGGCAAGGGCAUGAUGUGGUUAAGUCCGCCAGAAAGAUGCUUGGAGAGACAAAUCCAGCAGACUCUCUCCCAGGCACUAUCAGAGGAGACUUUUCCGUGGAAGUGAGCAGGAAUGUGGUCCAUGGCAGUGAUUCAGUUGAAAGUGCUCAGAGAGAGAUCUCGCUGUGGUUCGAGCAUCACGAGUUGCUCUGCUGGGAAGAGAGCAGUCAGCACUGGAUCUACGCCUGAAAGCCAUCAUGUUGCACUCGUCGUAACAUACAGCUUUUGCAGCUUCGUCUGCAUCUGAUACCUGCUGCUCUGCUCAAGCCAUAGUGACCAAAAUAAUAAAGCAAAAGGUAGCUUAUGUUGACAUUUGUCUGGAUCACUGAAAUCAAGUCAUUGGUCAAGCUAUUUUUGAAUGUGACCAUUUUCUUACUGCUUUACUCAUGCUAUUGUUAACAUUUUAAGGGUUUCUUUGCAGAUAUUCACUUGGUUACUAAUAUUUGGUGGGUUGGUAAGUCAGGCACUACUCUAAAGUUAAUUAGUGUUUAUAUCCUUUUGAAAGACAUUGUUUACAUUUUCACAUUCAACUUUUGAUAUGGGCAUGCUUCUUGUCAUCUUGAUGCACUAUGUAAAAAUACAUUUAUUAUUCAUGACUAAAAAGCAAUAAUGAAUGACAAAGGGCCAGCUUGCUCUGAACAACUUAAAUAUCCCAAUUUGCUUUAGUCUAGUGGUUGGAACUCACUUGACCAAACUUUACUCUACAAAUAAA